GCCACCUGGUCUGAGGUCACAGCUGAAUUUGGGAUGGAGCGAGGCUUUCCAUUGAUAGUGGAAAUGGAUGCUACUAAAGCUGUUAAAAAUGCCCUAGUAGUAGCAAAUAAACUUGAGCUAACGCUGAAUUCAGACCCAACUUUGGAGGAACAGAAACUGACAAAAAUUGAAAAAGCAAGCACACCAUUUACUUCUGGAAAUGAAGACCUCAAGCAAAUGUUGGAGAGCAACAAAGAUUCCUCAAAGUUGGAAGCAAUGAAAAGAAUUGUUGGGAUGAUUGCAACUGGGAAAAAUGCCUCUGAAUUGUUUCCAGCAGUUGUGAAGAAUGUUGCCAGCAAAAACAUAGAGAUCAAAAAGUUGGUUUAUGUUUACUUGGUUCGCUAUGCAGAGGAACAGCAAGAUCUUGCUCUUCUUUCCAUCAGCACUUUUCAGCGUGCUUUGAAGGACCCCAAUCAGCUUAUUCGAGCUAGUGCACUGCGUGUUUUAUCCAGUAUCCGUGUGCCAAUUAUUAUUCCUAUCAUGAUGCUGGCCAUUAAAGAAGCUGUUGCUGACCUUUCACCAUAUGUCAGGAAGACAGCUGCACAUGCCAUCCAGAAACUUUAUAGUCUAGAUCCAGAACAUAAAGAACAGUUAAUUGAAAUAAUUGAAAGACUGCUGAAGGAUAAAAGCACGCUUGUUGCUGGAAGUGUUGUGAUGGCCUUUGAAGAGAUUUGUCCAGAAAGGAUAGACCUGAUUCAUAAAAACUAUCGGAAGCUUUGCAAUUUGCUUGUGGAUGUAGAGGAGUGGGGGCAGGUCGUUAUUAUCCACAUGCUGACCAGAUAUGCACGGACCCAGUUUGUUAAUCCCUGGAAGAUGGAUGAAGCAAUAGAUGGAAUGAAUGAGAAGACCUUCUAUGAUUCUGAGGAUGAAAAGAAAGAGAAAAAUAAUGCUGAAAUGAAGCCAUAUGUAAUGGAUCCUGACCACAGAUUACUCCUGCGAAACAUAAAGCCAUUGCUGCAAAGCAGAAACACUGCUGUGGUAUUGGCAGUUGCACAGCUUUAUUGGCAUUUAGCUCCUAAGGCUGAAGUGGGCAUCAUUGCCAAAGCAUUGAUACGUUUACUCCGCAGCCAUAGGGAAGUCCAGUACAUUGUCUUGCAGAACAUCGCAACAAUGUCUCUUCAGAGUAAGGGUAUAUUUGAGCCUUAUCUGAAGAGCUUCUAUAUCAGAUCAACUGACCCAACCCAAAUCAAAACUUUAAAGCUUGAAAUACUAACAAAUUUGGCCAAUGAAGCAAACAUUUCAGUCAUCCUUCGAGAGUUUCAGACCUACGUGAAAAGCCAGGACAAACAGUUUGCAGCUGCUGCUAUCCAAGCAAUUGGAAGAUGUGCAACAAACAUCACUGAAGUGACUGACACAUGCCUUAAUGGUCUGGUCUACCUGCUCUCGAACAGAGAUGAUACUGUUGUUGCAGAAAGUGUGGUUGUGAUUAAGAAUCUUCUGCAGACGCAGUCAGCACAUCAUAGUGAAAUUAUCAAGCACAUGGCCAAACUACUAGACAGCAUUUCUGUGCCAAUGGCCAGGGCAAGUAUCCUUUGGCUGAUAGGAGAGUACUGUGAACGGGUUCCAAAGAUUGCCCCUGAUGUCUUACGGAAGAUGGCUAAGACCUUCACAAAUGAAGAUGAGAUUGUAAAACUGCAGAUUCUAAAUCUGGCAGCUAAAUUAUUUCUAACAAAUGCCAAGCAGACAAAACUGCUUACCCAGUACAUAUUAAAUUUAGGGAAGUACGAUCCAAAUUAUGACAUUAGAGACCGAACAAGAUUUAUUAGGCAGCUGAUUGUUCCGAACGAGAAGAGUGGGGCUUUGAGUAAAUAUGCAAAAAGAAUUUUUCUGGCUGAGAAACCUGCUCCUGUUCUCGAAUCUCCAUUUAAAGGUAGGGAUCGGUUCCAGCUUGGCACAUUAUCGCUCACUCUAAACACCAAAGCGUCAGGGUACUUAGAGCUGUCCGAUUGGCCGGAAGUUGCUCCUGACCCAUCUGUCCGCAAUGUUGAAGUAAUUGAGCCUGUUGCCACUUGCACAACAGCACAGAAGAAGUCUAAGAAGGAGCAAACAUCUGAAUCAUUUUAUUCUGAUACAGAAGAAGUACCAUCUGGCAAUGCCAGUGGUAGUACAAGUAGCAGCAGUGAGAGUGAGUCUGAGAGUGAAAGUGAUGAAAAAAGUGAAGGAGAAAAUAGCACCAGUGAAGACAAUAGCACAAGCUCAUCAAGUGAGGAGGAGAGCGACAGUGAAGAAGAAAAGCAAGAUAAACCUGAAAAGGAAUCGAAACACAAGGAUAGACGUGAUAAAUUGGAAAAGAAACCAACGUCAUCCUCGGCAAAAACAGAAAAAUCUGCUUCUUCAGCCACAGAAUCCAGUAGUACAGAGGAGAGUUCUUCAGAAUCUAAUUCUGAGUCUGCAUCUGAAAGUGAUUCUGAACCAGAGAAAGCUGUCAUUUCAAAAAAGACAAAGGAAGAAGAAAAGAAAAAAGUGAAGGAACCUUCUAGCAAACGGGAAGUGUCUCUAUUAGAUUUGAGUGACUUUGACACAGGUACAGCGUCUGUAGUCCCUCCUAAAGUGCUUUCUCCAAGUCUCGUUGCUGAUCUUCAGGGGUUAACUUUGACCAGUUCAUCUCCUGCUAUCGAGGUCACUAGCCCAGCAUUUGUGCCUAUGAGAUCUCAUGAGCUCUUGCACCGGAUGAGUGGAAAAGGACUAGCUGCCCAGUAUCAUUUCCCAAGACAGCCGUGUAUUUUUGGUGCCAAAAUGGUGUCUGUUCAGAUUACGCUGACUAACACUUCAGACGAGAAAAUAGAGAGCAUUCACUUGAAAGAAGGAAAACUUCCACUGGGAAUGCAGGUUCACAAAUUUGAGUCAAUAGAGUCCCUCGAACCUGAAAAGUCCAUCACAGUUCCUUUAGGCAUUGACUUCUGUGAUUCUACCCAGGCUGCUAACUUUCAGCUCUGUACAAAGAAUGACCAGUUCAGUGUUAACAUUCAGCCCCCUGUUGGAGAAUUGCUUCUGCCAGUUACCAUGUCUGAGAGUGACUUCUUGAAGGAACAAGGAAAGCUGAGUGGUAUGAAUGAAGUUACUGCUGUUAUCAAUGGUACUUCACAGAGCACAACUCAUCAGAGUAUAGUUCAGAAAGUGCUUAACAUUGCAAAUCUAGGAAGUGUUCCUUCAAGUCAACAAAGCAUACACAGGUUUGCAGCUAAAACUGUGCACAGCACAUCACUGGUACUUGUCACUUUGGAGCUGAAGGAAGCCUCAGCAGCACAGCUUGUCAUAAAUAGUGAAAAAAUGGUAAUUGGAUCUAUUUUGCUGCAGGAACUGAAGCCUGUCAUGUCCCUGGGGUAACCUGCUUGCAUCUGGACUUUUGAAUCUGGUGCACACUGAAGAAAAAAAAACAGACUUGGCAUCCAGCACCUAGUGCCUUUCAUUUAUAAUAAUAGCCCUUCCAUCUGGCAGUGAGGGAAAAUGCACUCUUGACAAUCUUGUCUCCUGCUUAAUGCCACCAGUGUAUAUCUAUCCUGUAUGCAAGUCUAUUACUUGUAUUUGUCCCUGCCCGCUGUUUCUGAACCAUUCAUUUUGCAAUCAUCUGUCUAAAUUCUUAGACUUUAAUUCUCAUUUUUUAAACUUCAAUAGAAGGUAUGUUAUGCCCAGUUCAUUUUCCCACUGUAAUUGGCAGAUGCAGAAUGAUUACAUUCAAUAAAACAAUUUGAUUAUGCUUACA